UCAACCUUUCUUUUUCAUCAAGUCUUCCUCCUUCCUUUUCCAAGUCAACUGAUGUAUCACAUAACUUUUCCUGUUAGACAACUUGAUUCAUACAUAAUACGAAUAAUAUCCAUUUCUGAAGAUAAUUUAUGUAACGACUCGCACUACUUAUACUUAACCUUCAUUACAUCAAUAAAGUUAGGAUGACUCUAUUCCGUAUAUUAUGCUUCCUCUUGGUUUCUUACCUCAUGCUGAUUUUAUCAUCAGGGCAUGGAAGCGGGUACCAAUCUAACUGUCCACCCUCAUUCACUUGUGGAAAUCGUGGAAUUUUUCGUUACCCUUUCACCAAGAUAGAACAACCCGACUGUGGCUUCAUAUUCAUAUAUGGCUGUCGCGGCAGUUAUCGUUCACCCAAAUUGAUCCAAUUGGAGAAGAAUGCAAAAAACACAGAGCUAACUGCUGUCAUUGACCAGAAUACCAUUACGCUUUCUGAUCCAGAUUUUUACCAGCGUUUGCAACAUAAUGUCUGUGACACUUUGAACCACAGUUACCCUCUUCCUCCCCCCUCUCCUUUGGUUUCUUUUUAUAUAAUUUAUAAUGUAACUCUCUUCCGAUGCAAUCACGGCCACAAUAUCAAUCCCCCUAGACAGUAUUUUCAAUACAACUGUUCUUCCUACGAUAUCUAUUAUGACAGUAAGCAGCAUUCCAAUGUUACUAAAGAGAAAGCGCGUAGUUUUUUCUCAUCCUGCUCCCUACUUCAGUUUCCAUCUAAAGACUUGACUGAUACCGAAAACAUCUUAUCAUUUGUAUCUGGUCAGAUGGUUGUUAAAAUAGUACUAUCUGCUGAUUGUGAUGACUGCUACAACCACAGAGGAGGCCAAUGUAGACUUAAUGCAAACAAGAUGUUCUACUGUGACAAUGUUACGCAUCAGAUAAAUGCAGUAACGGGUACAAAGAAAAAGAGGCUGAUCCGAAAUGUCAAACUGGGUAUAGGAGCCAUGGUGGUGGCUAUUGGAAUUGCAGUGCUGAUGUUGUUGGCUUAUGCCAUCAGGACAAAUAUCUUCCCUCCGGCGCUUCUUUUGUUUAGGAAGGACAGUUCAUCAACCCAUCCAAAUAUUAAGGAGUUCUUGAAAGAACAAGGACCUCUUCUUGCUGCUAAGUACAGUUACUUAGAUGUCAAGAAAAUAACUAACUCUUUUAGAAGUAAAUUAGGCCAAGGAGGAUACGGAAGUGUAUAUAAAGGGAAGUUACAUGAUGACCGUAUGGUUGCAGUGAAGGUUUUAAGUGAAUCAAAAGGUGAUGGUGAAGAUUUCAUUAAUGAAGUUGCAAGUAUAAGUAGAACUUCGCAUGUUAAUGUUGUUAGACUUUUAGGUUUCUGUUUGGACGGUUCUAAAAAGGCGCUAAUAUACGAAUUCAUGCCUAAUGGAUCUCUUGAGAAGUUCAUAUAUGAAGACAAAAAACCACAGCAGGAUGAUCUCCAAUUGGAUUGCAAAACAUUGUAUGAUAUUGCAAUUGGUGUUGCUCAUGGAUUAGAGUACUUGCAUAGAGGCUGUAACACUAGAAUCUUGCAUUUUGACAUAAAACCUCAUAAUAUAUUAUUAGACGAGGAUUUCUGUCCAAAAAUUUCCGAUUUUGGACUUGCGAAAAUAUGUCCAAGAAAAGAAAGCAUUGUAUCCAUAUUUGGAGCGAGGGGAACACCAGGAUAUAUUGCUCCAGAGUUGUUUUCAAGAAAUUUUGGUGGGGUGUCACAUAAAUCAGAUGUCUACAGUUAUGGAAUGAUGGUUUUAGAGAUGGUUGGACGAAGAAAGAACAUUAAGGUUGAAGUUGAUUGUUCUAGCGAAUUAUACUUUCCACAUUGGGUUUACAAGCGUCUUGAAUUGAAUCUAGACCUUGGACUUAAGUGUAUUAAAAAUGAAAUUGAUGAAGAAAUGGUAAGAAAAAUGACAGUGGUGAGUUUAUGGUGCAUACAAACCAAUCCUUCGAAUCGACCAUCGAUGCAUAAAGUGGUGGAAAUGUUGGAAGGGAACCUUCAAGUGUUGGAAAUGCCACCCAAACCCUUUUUGUCUUCUCCUUCAACAUCUCCAACCCAUUUAUCAUCUGAAAUCUGAAAUAUUGUAAUUUGUGUGGUUGUUAGAUGCAAUGUAGAGACAAAGUCAUGAUAAUUGACAUAUAAAUAAAAUGUUAUGUAUCUAAUAUAGUUAUAAUAUUGUAUAAUUUCUUUUCUUUUUUUCUUUUUGAGUAGGCUGUUAACACAUAUCCUUAUUGUUGUAUUUAUCACAACAGUGUUAUUCCUUUGUAUUGAAGCCAAAAUGUAUUGUCCAGCUUUAUAAAUUUUCUGUGAA